UCACUGCAAGCUUCCUGGCCCUCGGAUCAACUGUUUUGAUCCGAUCUGGCCCUCUGACAAAGGAAGACUUUCUGCACACACGUAUUGACUGAAUAUUCUGAGUCGCUCUGCAGUGUGUGAGGAGCCACCGAGCAGGUGACCAUUUGCGCUCGAAGUGACGCUGAAGACUUGCGCUUGGACAAUGCUUUCAAUUAGAGGUGGAAUAUAUCUAUUAUCUUCGUUUCAGCCUUAAAAGAAAGUUAGCGUGGAUCAUUAUCUGAGGCGUUUCUGAAAGAACACCACACAGCAUCUGUCAUUUGUUUUUUUUUAAAUCUCUGGAGGAGCGCAGCGACUUGGGGUGGACCUUCUGUUGUUUGCCAAAGUGCUUUAGCUCUCCAACUCUUGGUGUUUUGUGUAAAUUGAAAGAAGUGCACCGAAACGCGCAGGCAAGGGCUUAAAUGUUUGGCAUCCAGGAGCAUCUGAUACGAGAAGUGAGCGGAUUAAAAGAGAGAAGUCUUGAAGAGAUGGAUCCAAUCCGGUCGUGGGUGCGUAAUGUCGGCGUGGUGGAUGCUAAUUUAGCGGCGCAAAGUGGAGUAGCUUUGUCAAGAGCUCACUUUGAGAAGCAGCCGCCCUCAAAUCUCCGCAAGUCCAACUUCUUCCACUUUGUCCUGGCUCUCUAUGACAGACACGGCCAACCUGUGGAGGUGGAGAGGACUUCGUUUGUGGACUUUGUUGAGCAUGACAAGGAGCAGACAGGGGAGAAAACCAACAACGGCACGCACUACAAGCUGCAGCUCCUCUACAGCAACGGGGUCCGCACAGAGCAGGAUCUGUAUGCACGACUUAUUGACUCUGUCACUAAACAGCCAAUAGCGUAUGAGGGACAAAACAAGAAUCCAGAAAUGUGCAGAGUUCUGCUCACACAUGAGGUUAUGUGCAGCCGCUGUUGUGAGAAGAAAAGUUGUGGCAACCGAAACGAGACGCCCUCUGACCCAGUCAUCAUUGACAGGUUUUUCUUGAAGUUUUUCCUGAAAUGCAACCAGAAUUGUCUGAAGACGGCGGGAAACCCAAGGGACAUGAGGAGAUUUCAGGUGGUCUUGUCCAGCACUGUGAGUGUAGACGGCCACAUCCUGGCAGUGUCAGACAACAUGUUCGUCCACAACAACUCGAAACACGGCCGGAGGGCCCGCAAGUUGGAGCCAGGCGAGUCUGCAGAGAAUUCAAUGGAAUAUGCCACCCCCUGCAUCAAAGCCAUCAGUCCCAGUGAGGGCUGGACCACCGGCGGGGCGAUGGUCAUCGUCAUCGGGGAGAACUUCUUUGACGGGCUGCAGGUGGUGUUUGGCAGCAUGCUCGUGUGGAGUGAGCUGAUCACGCCGCACGCUAUCCGUGUCCAGACUCCUCCUCGACACAUCCCAGGGGUCGUUGAGGUCACACUGUCUUAUAAAUCCAAACAGUUCUGCAAGGGAGCACCUGGACGCUUCAUCUACACAGCCCUAAAUGAGCCAACUAUAGAUUACGGUUUCCAGCGCCUUCAAAAGGUCAUUCCUCGACAUCCUGGUGAUCCAGACAAACUGGCCAAGGAGAUCCUCCUGAAGAGAGCAGCAGAUCUUGUAGAGGCCCUUUAUGGAAAUCCACACAGUAAUCAGGACAUGCUCCUGAAGCGCGCCGCGGACAUCGCCGAGGCGCUCUACAGUGUUCCCCGUCCUCACAGCCAGCUGCAGGCGCUGCCCAGCUCCCCGGCUCACGGCAGCGUCAUGGGCCUGGGCUCCUAUCCUUCUCAGUUAGGCGUCAGCAUUGGAGAUCACGGGCAAAGCAGCCAAGGUUACAUUAGAAAUUCCAGCAGCUUAUCUCCAAGGGGUUACCCAUCAGCCUCCACCCCUCAGCAGUCAGGCUAUGGCGGCGGAGGGAUGACCGGAGGCUAUGGGACGGUUCCCAUGACCAGUCUAGGAGUGCCUGGCUCUCCUGGUUUCAGCAGUGCCUCCCCCACAGGCUCUCCCUACAUAAUGCCCUCCAGCCCCACUAUACCAGGAAGCUCCAGCUCUUCAUCGUCUCUCUUGCCUUUCUCCUCCUUCCCGUCUGCUGCUAAACAGAAGAGUGCUUUUGCUCCCGUCCUCAGGCCCCAGGGCUCCCCCUCCCCUGCCUGCCCCGCCUCAGGGGGGAACAGCUUCAGAGGUAGCCAUCCGACUCACUAUCUGACCCCCCUGUCUGAACUCACGAAUGCAGUCUAACCCCCUUGUACUAACCACUCGCAAAGCUUUGACUGAACAAGACAGAAAAAAGUUGCUGGAUGUUCAAUAAUGCAAGACCUGAUUGAUUAGAAUCAUAGAUUUUGUAUAUUUUUUUCUCUCCAGCGAUGACGGGCCUGGUUGUUCCCUUGAUGUAGCAAAGCACCCUCCCAAAUCUACCCCAGACCACUGCUUCACUUAGCCCAUCUUUUGGCAAGAGGGAAGGGAGAAAGGAGAAUUGAUCCCUAGCGACCAUGUAUAACUGUCCCUCCGCAGCCUCCCCCUGCCAUUUCUUAGUCCCUUCUCCAUCCAGCUGGAUUAACGGGACGAGGUACAAAAUGUCCAAAGACCAGCCAUCGACUCCAGAGGCCGAGCACAUUAACUAGAGACAAAGCUCCUUAGCUGCAGCCGGACCAUGUAUGUGUGUAUCAUGAAGCGUCUGCAUUUUGAAAGGGAACAAAAGGAGAACUCAAACAGCACCUGUAUUUACCUCUGGCCCGCUGUCACAUGCAGCAUCUGAUUUUUUCCAACAACCUGCCCAAACCUCGGCCAGAGACCUACAGGACGCGCUGUGAGAGCACUGACGGACUAUUCUGAUGUAAUGUUGCAGCUCCAAGAAGCAGGGUGCUAUUUGUCUGUGUAUGGACACCUGAAAUGGCAUGUGUGUACACUGUCUGUGAGUUAGCGAGAGGUUUUUCUGUAGUAGACUUUUCAAAGACGAUUUACAUUCCAGAAAAAUAGACCCUUUAUUUUUUGUUUCUGAUCUCUACGGUUUUACAAGGGAGAACUCUUUGUCUCAAGGGUUAUUACUAAAGGAAUUCAUAUAUUGAUUUAUUUAAGAACAAGCAAUUUAACUUAUUAUAGGUAGUUUAGGGAAUAAUAUAAACGUGUUUUUAUAAGUGAUCUUUUUCCAAAUGAAGUUCUCACCAACUGCUAAUUAAUUUGCUAAAUUAUCAUUUUGAAUUGAUUCUGUGGUGGAGAAAAUAAACUCUGACACACUUUCUUGGAAUAAAAACGUCUUCUUCUUGCACAACAACAUCUAAAUGUUAUGCCCAGAUUUAAAGAAGGUUAUUGUCCUUGUGUAAAGGAAACAUGUUAUAGUUAGCCUUAUCCUUUUUUAUUUCACUUAUAAUGCAUGCUUUGUCACACCAGUGCCCUGAUAUUAUUUCAAUCCACUUUACUUUCUUUAUUUAUAUUUUCACAACUCAUAGAUUUUACUGUUUCAUUUUAAAUGUCUCAACCCAGUACAUGUCUAUAGUCUCUAUGCAGUACAGUAAAUAAAAGCACAAACUGCUCAAAAGUAUUAGGUGUUCAUUAAUCCAUACCAUGCUGGUCUUACUCAUUCAUUUCUGUCAUCAAAACACAAACUUCAUUCUCAGGACGUGAAAACAAAGAACACAAAGAGUGGAUGACAUUUGCAAAUUUGUUUUUAGAGUUUGGUUAAUUUUAUUUAUUUAAAAAAAUAUUAGCAAUUUAAUAUUAUGUUUUUUGAAGCCAUCUUUCUCUGAAACGGUACAAAAAAUGGUUCAAAUGUGAUUUGUAUAUCUUAAGGUGUAAUUAUAUUUUGU